AUGAAUGAUUCAGAUAUUCUGCAUAUGAACAACAUGUCACAGGCUGGUGUAAGUACUCCUCAUAUCCAUAGCACAUUUCCCAACCAAACUGGUGGAUUUCAGAAAGUCAGAUUUUCCAAAGAAAAUAUGUACAAUGUUCAAGGUAGACAAAGGAGAAAGAAGAAGAAGGAUGAGCCGAAAAAAAGUGAUGCGGAAUUUGCAAUAAGUUAUAUUCGGGGGAUGGGAAGCAAAGAUCCAUUACUGUAUUGUCAGCACAUUGCGAAUGAAGAUGGAAAUCUUGAUAGCCUUUUUUGGAGUGAUGGGAUAAGUCAGCUAAACUAUCAAAUAUUUGGUGAUGUUGUCGCCUUUGAUGCAACGUAUGGUAAAAAUCGGUACAAAUGCCCCUUUGUUGUAUUUUGUGGAGUUAACCAUCACAACAAAAGCACAAUUUUUGCUACUGCUUUGGUUUCCAAUGAGAAGAUAGAAACGUACGUGUGGUUACUUGAGAGGUUUUUGGAAGCUAUGAAAGGAAAAGCACCAUUGUCGAUUAUUACUGAUGGGGACAAAGCAAUGAAAGCUGCCAUUAAGCAAGUGUAUCCAAAUGCCCACCAUAGAUUAUGUGCAUGGCACCUCCUUGAUAAUGCUAGAAAACGUGUGCAUAUACCUGCAUUCAUGAAUCCGCUAAGGAGAUGCAUGUUUACAGAGUUUGAUGUUUCUGAAUUUGAAGAUCUUUGGACUGCCACGGUUGCAAAGUUUGGGCUGGAAGAAAAUGUUUGGGUUCAGGAAUUAUAUGAAAGAAGGAUGAUGUGGUCUGCUGCACACAUGAGGGGUCGGUUCUUUGCUGGAUUUAGGACAACCUCGCGAUGUGAGGCGUUGCAUUCUCAGAUUGGUAAGUUUGUGAAAAAGCGUUAUAACCUAACUGAAUUUGUACAACACUUUCAUCGUUGUUUGAACUAUCUGCGGUAUAAGGAAAUAGAGUCUGACUUUAACUCUUCCUAUGGGGAGAUUGUGCCGAAAACAAAAGUGAGAGAGUUAGAGAAGUCUGCUGCAGCACCAUUUACUAAGGGUGUCUUUUACAAAUUCAGGAUGGUACUUGAAAGGGUUGGAACAAUGAUCGUGUUAGGCUUUGAGGAAAACAUGACAUGCACAAAUUACAUAGUAACAAAUUAUCCUGCAAAGGACAAAACCUGGCAUGUGUCAUAUCAUGAAUCGACUGUCCAAUUUACUUGUUCAUGUUAUAAGAUGGAGACCCAUGGGCUUCCAUAUGACCAUUUAGUCGCUGUGCUGCUGUAUAUGGGUUUCAGGGAAUUGCCCAAGUGUCUUGUGCUUGAUAGGUGGACCAAAUCUGCAAAGCAUGGAAUUCGGGCUGCAUUUAGCGAUGACACGUUGUAUUGGGAUUCCCACAAUUUGUGUCAGUACUCGUCCAUGGUGGAUCAUUGUCACUAUAUGUCUCCUCCUAAUGGUGUUGUUGGGGGUGUGGGUUCUGUCCGCUUGGGCAACCCUAGUCCAGCUGUUAGAGAGGAUCUUACUCGUGCAUCCAAGAUGAGAGCCAGGCGCCCGAAUAGAUGCAGUCGAUGUAAGGUGGCUGGACACAACAAAAAGUCAUGUCCUCAGGCCAUGAGCGGCGUUCGUGAUGGUGUUGGCACUUCCCAUGCAGGGUCAUCUACUCAGCAUCCUGCAAAUGAUUUUGGCAGUUCAGAUGCUGUUACUUAG